AUGUGGGUGGAUGUCUCGGUCUCGGUUCUGUACCACUACCUCUCAAAGCGUGUCGACCAAAUGAUGGAGUCGGGGAUGUUCGAGGAGCUCGCCGGUUUCUACAAACGUAGAGAUUCCGGUCAGACGGCCCCAACCGGGAUUCACAAGAGCAUAGGAGUACCGGAGUUCGAUAGGUACUUUGAAGUGUAUCCGCCGGAGAACAACGGCAAGAUGUGCGAGUGGGAUCCAGAGAGAAAGGCGGCGUACGAGGAAGCAGUGCAGGCGGCGUAG